AAAUUUUUGUGAAUGGAGCAGUUUGUGAUUGAAGAAUGACGUCAUUGGGGUGACACACUCUUCUUUUUUUUUUCCAGUAGCCCGAGGACACUCUGAUUGGUUGGAUGAGUGAGCAGUGAGCUCUGGUUGGCUGUCGGAGAAUCAUUAAACACCCACACUGUCAAUAGUGAGACCCACAUGGUGGGUAUAUAGGCAGGUGUAUUGUAGCUUAAUGCAACAGACUCAAAAUUUCAUCAAGUUGAAAUAUCCCCUCUAUUUUGGGACAACUCUUUUCUAUAUCUAUUGCACGAAGCCGAACUUCUCAAGGGGACCAUGGUUAUGUUGAAGAUCUCCGCUUUCCUUGUUGCCUACGCUCUGAUUAUUUGCCAGAUGUACAGCUCUAAUGCAGCUCCUGCCAGGCCUGCACUGGAAUCAUCACCAGAUCGAACUACGCUUACCGACUAUGAAGCGAGAAGAUUGCUGCACGCAAUCGUCAAAGAAUUCAUGCAGAUGACCGCGGAGGACAUGGAGCAACAGGCAGCUGAGGAAAACAGUGUUACAACACAGAAGAGAGCUUGUAACACGGCCACAUGUGUGACCCAUCGCCUGGCAGAUUUCCUGAGCCGCUCGGGGGGAAUUGGAAGCAGCAAAUUUGUCCCCACUAAUGUGGGCUCUCAGGCAUUCGGCAGACGAAGGAGGCUCAGUCAGGAGUAGUCAACUUAAUGGGUCUUUGUGAAAUGGUCUCCAGUCUACACGUCCACAGUUCUUCUUUGAUUGCUGUCAAUAAAAGAGAAAGCAUCAUGUCCACAUUAUGACCCCUGGGAAUGGAAACUCCUUACUUUCAUCUGAAUGGACUCCAAUUGAUAGCACUGAUCGUUUCCAUCCAGCCAGACAUUAUAACUGCUCCUUUUAUUUGGCUCUUCCAUGAAGCAACAUAAGUUAAAAAAGAAAAAGAAAAGAGAAAGCGGUGAUCAGUAGCCCUCAUUUUUCUACUCAUGUGGAUCCAAGGAAGAGCAUUGCUUCUUUCCUUCCUCUCAGAAGAGAGCACAUUCAGUAUGUACAGUCUGGUUUGGCCCAUGUUCCUUUAAUGUGUCUCAGCACAUUACGGUAUUUUGGGGAUCAUAUUAAAGCAGUGCCUCAUAAAAAGGCUUCCCUGAAUAUGGAUGUGUCUUGUGCCUUGAUGUAACACACUUUACAUGCCGCUGUUGUACAGUAUGUUUGAAUUAAAGGAGGAAGGUUCGACCACUGAAUUACAAAUUGUAACAAUUGUGAAUUUGAGCAAGAUUAAAAUGUAUUUUAGAUACAUAA